UCCCUUCCCCAAGUGAGCAUGUAUAUCCAAAUGUCUGUAUUACACUGCCCCCAGGUGGCCAAGGCCCACGCAAUAGAAGGAGCAGCACACGAACCAUUGAAUUCAAGCAAAACGUGUGACAAAAAUGGUUUCAUGCAUUACGUUCUAUUUUAUUCUGUAUUUACUGAAUGUUUUUUUAUAACGUACAAUAUUAUAGAGUGCUAUUUUUCUCAUUGAAAAGAAAUGCAUUACAAUUUUCGGGAGGGGGGGGGGCGGAUUGAUAGCAUUUCCAUUCAUUUCAAUGGGCAAAGAUUCUCUUUCACUCUCUCUCUUUUACACACACACACACACACACACUCUCUCUCUCUCUCUCUCUCUCUUUCCCUCCCUAACAACUUAGUUGUGAACUCACAGAGCUGCUCCCCUCUCUCAUUCGGUGCGGACGGGAACCAGAUGCCGAAGAGGCGACGGGGAAAUAAGCGAGAAGAGGGACGAUGAGCGGGCCGACGGGCGUUCCUCGCCUGCUCCUCUACGCGGCGGCUGUGUGCGCAGGUGUGUGCGGUGCCGACGUGGCCAACGUGACGUCGGCGGUGUGUCGUCACCCGUGCCAGGAGCUGGUACAGCUGCUCGCCGACAUCAACGACAUGCGACUGGUCACCGGAAACCUUCUCGAAGACCUGGACAGAGUGUUAAAAGAAAACGAAGAGAUGCGCAUUACUAUGGCCGGACUGGCCGGCGGCGGCGGCAGUAGCAAUGGAAACGAGAUCUCGUGCGUGCAGGACGGACGAGAGUACCAGCACGGCGAGGACUGGGACGUGGACAGCUGCAUGUCCUGCGCCUGUCAGUUCGGCAGGGUGCUGUGUCAUCAGGCGUCUUGCGCUCCCGUGUCCUGCGUCAAUCCGACCUUUGCAGAGGGAGAGUGCUGCCCCGUCUGCCUUAACCAAGCAGACGGCUGGUCCCGGUGGUCCGAGUGGACCGAGUGCUCGUCCACCUGCGGGCGCGGCGGGCAGCGCAGGGGCCGCUCGUGCAACGCGGCAUCCUGCCCGGGGCCGUCGCUUCAAUCCCGCGGCUGCACGCUGAUCAAGUGCGAAGCACGCGCUGAGGGGAGCUGGAGUCUUUGGUCCCCUUGGUCUCCGUGCACGACCACUUGCGGAGACGGUAACAUCACACGUGUCCGACUUUGCGACAAUCCACCACCGCGGAAGGGAGGAAGAGGGUGUACAGGCAUCACAAUGGAGAUGAAGCCUUGCAACAACACACUCUGCCCAGUUCCAGGAGGCUGGACAUCCUGGUCUGAGUGGGGCAUGUGCUCCAAGUCAUGCGGCGGAGGCCUUUUGAAUCGAGAGAGGAAGUGUUUGAACCCCGCGCCGCAAUAUGGCGGGAAACUUUGUGCUGGAGAGGCUUCGGACUAUGAAGCCUGCAACAAACAACCUUGUCCUUUAGACCCGUGCCUGUCAACGCCGUGCUUUCCCGGGGUGCAGUGCACGACUGACAGUGACGGCUCAUGGCAAUGCGGGCAGUGUCAAUUGGGUUCCCACGGCAAUGGCACUCACUGCGAAGAUGACAAUGAGUGUGAUGUGCAGGGAGUGUGCGUUACAGAGUGUGUAAACACAGACCCUGGCUACUACUGUCUACCCUGUCCUCCUCGAUACAAAGGCACCCAGCCCUUCGGUCUCGGCCUAAUGGAAGCCCAAAGGAGCCGGCAGGUGUGUGCACCGUACAAUCCGUGUAAAGACCACACGCAUGCCUGCCACAAGCACGCUGACUGUUUCUACUCUGGCCUGGCGUCGGAAGACUUGUACAAGUGCGUGUGCGCCGUUGGCUUUGCGGGUGACGGCUUUCUCUGUGGCGAUGACGCCGAUCUGGACGGAUGGCCUAACAGCAGGCUGAACUGUAAAAGGAACGGAACGCAUCACUGCCAAAUGGACAACUGCCCCUCUGUGCCAAACUCCGGACAGGAGGACCUGGACAUGGACGGACAAGGAGACGCCUGCGAUCCAGAUGAUGACAACGACGACAUCAUCGAUGAACGGGACAACUGCCCCCUGGUGUACAACGCUCGGCAGUUCGACACCGACCUGGACGGAGUCGGGGACCGCUGUGACAACUGUCCAUUUGAUAGCAACUCGCUACAGACGGACACCGACGGCAAUGGCGAGGGAGACGCCUGCAGCAUUGACAUUGACGGAGACGAAGUUCCAAAUGAUCGCGACAACUGUGCGUUGGUCUACAACACUGAGCAGAGAGACACCGACUUGGACGGUGUUGGGGACCAGUGUGACAAUUGUCCCCUUCUACACAACCCACUGCAAUUGGACUCGGAUAGCGACCUGGUGGGCGACCUGUGCGACGACAAUGAGGACAUCGACGAGGACGGCCACCAAAACUCCCUGGACAACUGCCCCUACGUCGCCAACAGCAACCAGGCCGACCACGACGGCGACGGCAAAGGCGACGCCUGCGACCACGACGACGACAACGACGGUGUGCCUGACGACAGAGACAACUGCAGGCUGGUGGCCAACCGGGACCAGUUGGACGCCGACGGCGAUGGCAGCGGAGACGCCUGCUUCGACGACUUCGACAACGACAGCAUUCCCGACGCGCUGGAUCCCUGUCCGUUCAACCACGACAUCAAGUCCACAGACUUCCGGAAGUUUCAGGUGGUUCUGCUGGACCCUAAAGGCACCACCCAGUCCGACCCGCUGUGGGUGAUCCGCAGCCAAGGCACCGAGCUGCUGCAGACCACCAACUCGGACCCCGGCAUCGCUUUGGGUUAUGACACGUUCAACGCUGUGGACUUCAGCGUGACGUUUUACGUGAACACCAACCGGGACGACGACUACGCCGGCAUCGUCUUCGCCUAUCAGUCCAGUCGACGCUUCUAUGUUGUCAUGUGGAAACAGGUGUCUCAGGCCUACUGGGAAAAGAGGCCCUCCAAGGCAUUCGGAACAGCGGGGGUCUCCAUUAAACUGGUCAACUCCAGCACGGGACCGGGAGAAUACCUGCGCAACGCCCUGUGGCACACCGGCAACACCCGCAACCAGGUCCGGACACUGUGGCACGAUCCCCAAAAAACGGGCUGGAAGGAUUACACGGCCUACCGCAUGCACCUCAUCCACAGACCCAAGACGGGCUUCAUCAGGGUGGUGGUGUACGAGGGCAGGGAGAUCCUCUCGGACUCGGGCGCCGUUUACGACCACACGCUGGCCGGUGGCCGACUGGGAAUGUUUGUCUUCUCCCAGGAGCUCGUGCUCUUCUCUGACCUCAGAUACGAGUGCAGAGAUAACUGACGUGUUUGCUGGGACGUGCAAGAAACUCAAACCAUCCAGGACGAUCAAUUUGGGACCAUGAUCAAUUUUCCUAUGCAACAAUAUUGUUUCAAAGUAAUUUGCAGAAUUUUAUAACUUCCGAGUCAUUUGCUUUUCACUAAAGCUUGUAAAUAAUUAUUUAUUGCAUUCGUGUAUGGAAGAAGUGCACCGUUACCAUGGCAAUGUGGUCUACACAUGGCAAUGUGGUCUACUCGCAUCCACCCGCCGUGGUCACUUCUUGCCAAAAAAUAAACUUUGAUAGGUACACUUGCAUAAGCCCACGAGAUCCAAUUAUUAUUAUUAUUAUUAUUAUACAUUUAAUUACGUUAUUACUCUAUGUUUAUAAAAAGAGCAAUAUUAUAGUAAGCUAUUUUCCUUAUUAUAAAACACAUUACAAAAUCUUUUGUUGCUCUUUUGGGGAUGCUGGAACAGAUUAAUGACUUUAACAUUCCUUUAAGGGUGAAAGAUGAUUUGACGUACAAACGUGGUCACGGAAUGGAUAAACUAAUAUGUCAAGGCACAACUGUAAUUAAUGGCCCCCAAAAGGUUUAUAAUUGCCUACAGGUGCCACAAGAUGGCGGCAAAGCACAACCUUUGUCUCAGUGAAGCUCUUCAACUCACUUCAAUGUAUUUCCUUGGCACCAAGUGGCCAAUAGAUGGCGGAAAUGCAAUGUUUGGAUUGUUGUUCGAUUGGAUAGGUUGAUUAUUCCUCCCGAUUACUGUUCAUGAACUGAUUCUUGUUGUUUAUUCGGAACUGUUGAAUAAUUAAACAAAACUAAAUAAAGACUUAUGCAAUGUCACACAUCAGCAACCUUUUUGAAAGUGGGAUCUACUUCUUGGGUCCUG